AUCCUCUCCUCCUCAACAUCUAACGACCUUUGUUCAUCAUUUCCCUCCUUUAGCGAGCGAUGUCGGACCAGCAACAACCGCAGCUCCCACCUGGGUGGCAGGCGACUUGGGACCAAAAUGCUCAGCGGUACUACUUCGUUCACAUUGAAUCUGGUACGACACAGUGGGAGCCUCCUGUUGCGGUAGCAGAGCAGCAGCCUGUCACGUCCCCACUCCCCGCCGGCGGGCCAGGCGGUGUUCAUCAUGCACGUAGGCGGCAGUACGCUGCCGGACAGACGCAAGCCUACCUUGGAGCGGACGCAGGGAUGGGAUAUGGACAGCCCCCAGCCCAAGGUGCGCCAGGGGACGGGUACGGCCAGGCACCAGUGGGACAACAAGGGGCGCAACUGUUUACCCCUGGGUUGGAGGGGGAUCAGCAACUCCAGCUCCAGCAGGGGCAGCCACAGUAUUACGGACAACCGCAGCCUGGGUAUGCGGAUGCUGGGAAACCACAGCAUGGGCCUGUGGACCAGCUUGUGAACCAGUUUGGUCAGAUGGGGAUGGGCCAGCAGGGGCAGAAACCUUUCCAGCUACACACGGUGAAUCUUGUCGGAAUGCCUAUCGACCCGCGUGAACUGCUAGCCGACCCGCCUGAGAUGCGCCUUCCUCCUGGAGCAUGUAUCUCCAACAACCCUAUGGCUAACGCAGACCCGUCUUAUCAGCGGUGCACGCUUAAUGCGAUCCCCACAACCCACUCGUUGCUGAACAAGUCCCGCCUUCCAUUUGCGAUCAUCCUCACGCCGUAUCGCUCGCUCAAGGAGACGGACGAUGACCUUGCCCCACCCGUUGUCAGCGAUACAGUUAUCGUCCGCUGUCGCCGGUGCAGGACGUACAUCAACCCGUAUGUGACGUUCACUGACGGUGGCAACCGGUGGAAAUGUUGCAUGUGUGGACUCGCCAACGACGUGCCGCAGCUGUUUGAUUGGGAUCAGCAGAGGGGCCAGCCUGCAGAUAGGUGGGCGAGGCCAGAACUGAACUACUCUACCGUGGAGUUCAUCGCACCGUCCGAAUACAUGGUCCGGCCCCCACAACCUCCCGUUUAUAUCUUCCUUAUCGACGUGUCAUACGCCGCGGUACAAUCUGGGAUGGUGGCCACAGCGACACGGACGAUCCUCGAAUCGCUCGACCGUUUGCCCAAUAUCGAUGAUCGUACAAAGGUCGCCGUUAUCGCAUACGACGUUGCGCUCCAUUUCUUCUCUCUCCCGCCCGGCUCGACCGAGUCCAACAUGCUUGUCGUAGGUGACCUGGACGACGUCUUCCUUCCCCAGCCCACGGACAUCCUUGUCAACCUGACCGAGUCACGUGCCCCCCUCGAAGCGCUCCUCGGCAAGCUGAGCGACAUGUUCAAGGACAACCACGCAGUCGGGUCCGCCUUUGGCCCCGCUCUUCAGGCCGGGUACAAGCUCGCUAGCCCAACCGGAGGGAAGAUCAUCGCUCUCAGCGCUAACCUGCCCAGUCUCGGACCAGGGGCGCUGAAGAACCGCGAAGACCCGAAGCUGCUUGGCACAUCGCAGGAAUCGAAGCUCCUCCAGCCUCAGUCAAGCUUCUACAAGACGUUUGCGAUCGAGUGCUCGCGCUCCCAAGUCUCUGUCGAUAUCUUCCUUACCGGCUCUGGAUACAGCGACGUCGCAACCGUUAGUGGGCUCCCGCGGUACACCUCUGGACAGACAUACUUCUACCCGUCAUUCAACGCCAGUCGGUCAGAGGACGCGAUGAAGCUUGCUCACGAGCUUUCCACUCUGCUGGCCAGCCCUAUCGGGCUCGAAGCUGUCAUCCGCGUGCGUGCAUCGCGGGGUCUCAGGAUGUCCCAAUUCCACGGUAACUUCUUCGUUCGCUCUACAGACCUGCUCGCACUCCCUGCAGUGCCCUGGGACCAGUCCUACGCCAUCGAGAUGCAGAUCGAGGAGACGCUUAACCAGCCCUUCGUUGUCAUCCAGACUGCGGUGCUGCACACUACCUCAUUCGGCGAGCGUCGUAUCCGCGUCGUCACACAGGCCAUACCUACGACGCAGAACAUCUCCGAGGUGUACGCCUCCGCGGACCAGAUCGCGAUCGCCACUCUGCUCGCGAACAAGGCUGUGGAGCGCUGCUUGUCGAACAAGAUCGAGGAUGCUCGCGAUGCCGUCAUGAACAAGAUGAGCGAUAUCCUCGGGGCGUUCAAGACGAACAUGACCGCUGCUGGGUCGGGUGCGAGCGCCCAGCUCUCCAUCUGCGACAACCUCAAGUUGCUCCCGAUCCUCUUACUCGGGUUGAUGAAGCAUGUUGGCCUGCGGCACAGCUCGCAGAUACCCUCCGAUCUGCGUUCCUACGCCCAUUGCCUGUUGACCACGCUCCCAUCUCAGUUACUGAUCCCGUAUAUCCACCCGUGUUUCUAUUCCCUGCAUAACAUGCCGCCAGAGUGCGGCACCAUCGGCGAGAAUGGCGUUAUCAUGCCGCCGCCUCUGCCGCUCACCAGCGAGCGCCUGGAGCGCCAUGGUUUGUACCUGAUCGAAGAUGGCCAGACUAUGUUCUUGUGGAUCGGCCGUGAUGCCGUUGGUCAACUUGUACAGGAUGUGUUCGACCUUCCUGCGUACGAUCAGCUCCGUGGUGGCAAGGCAACCCUGCCAAUUCUUGAUAACCCCUUCUCCCAACGUGUGAAUGCGGUGAUCAACAAAACGCGCGAGAUGCGCCGGACGCCAUACUGGCCCCACCUGUACGUCGUCAAAGAGGACGGCGAGCCACCUCUGCGACUCUGGGCGCUCUCCGGGCUCAUCAUGGACCGUGCGGACCAGACGCCGAGCUAUGUGCAGUACCUCACGCAGCUCAAGGACCGGGUGAGUCAGGGUGCGGGAGGAGACAGCUGGUACAGUGAGCUCAACGGUGCCGUUCGGAUGUAGGUGAAUGGGGGCAGCUUUUCGUAAUCAAUCCUAUCCCCGUACCUCGUACCUCGUCCGUCCUGCUCAUUCUUUGAUCUCUGCGCGCGGGAAGGGGAAGAAAACCAGACGAUAGAGGGCUUGUGUACUCGGUUGUGCGGACGUGGACUGUAGGAGAAAUCGGGAAAAAAAAACGUGGUAUAUACUUAGGACUAGACGCACUAGUAGCACUAGUACCGCAGUUCACUUCUGUGGCCGUCACUAUUCCAUUAUCCAGUGCAAGGCAUGUACAUAACAUUCGAAAGCCCAGCUGGAGUACACCGGGUAUUUUAGAGAAAAAGAAAGAGAGAGAUUAGGAGU